UAUACAUAAAACACUUGGCAUUGUGUCUGUGUGCGUAAACUUGGGAUAUCGGCAUGUUGCCGGCGGACGAAAGCUUAAUAUUGUCAAAAACAAAUAACAACAAGAACGACAAUUGGGUCACCGGCAUGCUUUUUAGAACCAGCAUUAGUAGCAGGUCAACAAGUCACAAAUCUACAAAGGUCCAAAGGAGUGGGAAAAAUAGAUAAAGAAAGAGUUAAAUUAAAGGCCUCAGGAGAUCAAUAGCAAAGCAAACAGUAACACGAAACACUUUAUGUAUAAUAAUAUAAAUGACUAUUGUACCGCCAUCAAGUAGGAGGCUUGGGCUAAUUGUCAACUGGAAAUCGCUGACUGGAACGUCUGAAAGAGAAACAGAUCAGCUGUUGUCAAAGUUAAGUGGGCUUACGGUCAACUGGAAAUCGUUGCCAAAAAUUGUGGGAACAUUGAACGCAGAAGAACAGCUGAUGUCCAAGUCAAGUGCGAGUGAAAAGGAUGGUGCAGCAGACGCUUUGGCUAUACGCAUUAAUUGUAUUGAAAACGGCUUGGCGGAGCACAAUAUUAAUUACGAUAAAUGGAUGGGAAAGUCCCUAACACUCAGUCAGCAGCAGCAGCAGCACCAGCACCAGCACCACCAGCACCAGAACUAUCAGCUGCACCACCAUCACCAGGAGCCAAGCAACAGAACAAUAACUCCACCGACGACCAUUGACAAAAAACAUAUGCCAAAAGCUCGAAAACGAAAUCAACCAACGACCGCUCUCUUAAAACCAGCUACAAUGCAUCGAAAGUCCAAAUGUAAAAGCAAGAGUAACAAAAAAACCAUUCUUGCCAAUCGAACAACAACAAUAAUAGCUAAAGUUUGCACUGGCAAAGAACAAGGGCAAGAACAACAACAACAACAACAAUGUAUUAAGCAUUUUAAUACAAUGCACCUCAAGAGCCACCCCCUAUGCCCUCAGUCGCCGCCAACAGUGAUCGCAGCUGAGCAAAAAUCUAACGAUGACAGUACGAGAAGUAUUAACAUAAGCAAUAAGAAGAAGAAGAAUCAUUCCGUGCGUUUCAAAAUGUUAGUUCCAUUGCCCAGUUUGGGUGCCACAUCUCUUGUCACGCUACUGACGAUCAUUUGCAUAGAAACUGUCCUACUCUCCACAAUGUCCAGUUGCGCUAAGACAUUCUAUAUGCAUUGGAAUACAUCGAACAGCAUAUUUCGGAUCGAUAAUACGGAUCAUAUUAUUGACGUGAACAAAGGCAAUCUAGCAUUUGAGUUCGAUCAGGUGCACAUAAUAUGUCCAGUUUAUGAGCCCGGGGCAUUUGAGAAUGAAACAGAGAAAUACAUUAUAUACAAUGUAUCCAAAGUGGAGUACGAAACAUGUCGCAUAACGAACGCCGAUCCGCGAGUAAUAGCUAUAUGUGAUAAGCCUCAGAAAUUAAUGUUUUUUACGAUAACUUUCCGGCCAUUUACACCACAGCCAGGUGGUUUAGAGUUCCUACCUGGAAAUGACUACUAUUUCAUUUCGACGUCAUCGAAGGACGAUUUGUAUCGUCGCAUAGGUGGUCGCUGUUCCACAAAUAAUAUGAAAGUUGUGUUCAAAGUAUGCUGUGCGCCCGAAGAGAAGAACAAGACAACGGAGACAACAACACUGCUGGGCAAUAUGCCAGGUGUGGACAGUGGAGGAACGGCCAAUAGGAACAAUGGCGUCGAUAAUGCUGCAGUUAAUGUUGAUCCUAAUCGAAAUAUGAAUAGCCAAAAUGGAAUUAAUACAAUUGGCAUGGGCAUUGGCAGUGGAUCGGCAGCUGGGAACGGUGUUCAAAUGAAGCCCGUCAAUGGCAUGGGCACUUCGAUCAAUACUAAUAUCGAUCAAUUUAAUCGCAUACCCAUUCAACCGAAUGUAAUUGCAGCAGGAGGAGGAGGAGUGGGAGCUAUAGGAGGCGGAGCUGGAGGAUCGGGCAUAAUGCACUCACCUGGCCAUGGCAGCAUAAAUAUGCUGCCACCUGGACGGGGCGGCAUUCACAUGCCUUAUCCCAACCAUCAUCAUAUACAGUCUGGCAUUCGGAUUAAUAAUGUGCCAACGCAACAGAAUAAUCAACAUCCACAUCACAAAGGCAAUCUGAAUAAUAUGAACAGUAAUGAUGAUCAUCACAAUUAUGAUAAACAUCCAAAUGAAGUAGUUAAAAACGAAGAGCUGACCUACAACGGUGGAUCGGGUCAAGCGACGCUUAGUCGCCACUUCGAUUCCUACUUAUGGAUCUGGAGUUGGCUGCCUGGGGGCACUAUUACAACAACGAUCCUUAUUGCCAGCAUAGUAUACACAUUUCAUUAUCUGUUGAGGACAUUAAACAACGCAAUGGAUCGUGGCAGGGAAAUACUGGAUAUAUACCGGUGAAUGAGCUGAAUGGCUGACUCGGCUGAAAGAUAAAGAUAUUAAAAGCCAUCAUAAUGUAACAUCACACGUGAGACUACUAAAUUGUCGGGGAGUACUCUAUGUAAACAUAGUUAUACGACGUGCUUAUGUAUUUUGAAAAUAAGAUCGAUUCAAGAAUCGACGAACAGACAGAAACACAGAGAGAGAGAGAGAGAGAGAGAGAGAGAGAGAGAGAGAGAGAGAGAGAGAGAGAGAGAGGAAGAGAGAGAAAAGUAAUUGAGGAAAAGA